GGCGGCGGCCGGUCGGCCAGGUGGGAGUCUGCCCGCUCGCCAUGAGCGGCCUACGGGAGGGCGCGGCGGCCGAGGCGCCGGCCUGGAAGCUGGCCCUUCUGGAGCGGAAGCGGGCCAAACUGGCGGCCGGCAUGGGUCUGGAGCGCGGCCGGGUUCCUGCUCCGCGGCCCGGCCAGGGCCCCGACGGACGCGAGGCCGGGCCGGUGGUGGCCGAGAGCCUGGGCCCGCUGCGGGAGAACCCCUUCAUGCGCCUGGAGAGCGAGCAGCGGCGGCGGCGGCGGCGGGGCGCCUGCGAGCUCCCGGGGCCGGCUUCCUCCCCCUCGUCCCCCGCUGCCGAGUCCCCGGCCCUGGCGCAGCUGCUGCAGCUCUACGGGGCCAUGCCCGGCAUCCGCACCAUCCGCGCCGACAACAUCCUCAUCAUCGAGUCCAGCGACCCGGCGGAGGCCGCGCAAGGCGGCGCCCUCGGCCGUCGGAGCCCCCUGCGGGACCUGCUCGCCCGCCGCGGCCCUCCUCCUCCUCCUCCGGUCACCGAGAUCCGUGCGGUCCAAGUCGUCGUCUACGAGCCCGAAGCGCCGCCGCCGCUCGACGAAGGCCCCGAUUCCGGUCUGGUCAGCCGGCUGCUGCAGAAGUUCGACCGCGCGGCGCAAGGGAAGGGCGGGCGAGGGGGCGACGGCCCUGCCCUGCCGGUGCCUCCGCCGCCCGGGCCCCCCGCCGCCCGGCCGGCCCCCUCGCCCGGCCCUCAGGGCGGCGGCGGCGGCGGCAACGUUUUCUUGCAGAAGAUCGGCUCCAACUCCUUCGUGGUGAAUCCGCGGGGACACCGCGCCGGCCUCGCAGCCGCCCCCGCGCUCAGCAACGGGCCUGCGAAGGCGGCGGAGGUCGUCGCUCUCCCUCCCGCCAGCAGUGCCGGCCAGCGCGGGGUGGCUGCUGUCUCCAAAGCCGUGCCAUCCUCCCGGAGCCCCACGCCUUCGUCUCCAUCAGAAGCUGAGGCGGGGAAGCCAAAGUGCCAGGCUGCUGCCGCCCCUGAGACCUCGGCCCAGCCGCCUGCACCGUCCAGUGCCACUCUGGACAGCCGGCCCUCCCCGCUGUUCAGCUCCAGCUGCUCCUUCGAGAUCCGCCCGGCCCCAAAGCCCGAUCUCGCCGCCAUCGCUGCUCACGACCUCCAGGCGCGCGCCUUGGCCAGCCUGCGCCUCAACUCCCGCAACUCCUUCCUCUUCGUGCCCCAUCGGAAAGAGGAGCCCCCUGGCCCUCCUCCGCCCGCAGAGGCCCUGCCUGCUGCCCCCGAGGAGGAGGAGGAGGAGAAGUCGGUGCCCGUGACUUACAUAGACGAGGACUUGGUGGCAGCCAUGCCGCCCUUGAAAGUCUUAAGCCCCAGGCUGGAGGGUUUCCAUGUGCCCCGAGAAGGUGCCUUGACGGAGGACCCUGAUUUGCCCACCUACAGGCCCUUUCCCGCUGCUUCCAUUCCCCGCACCAGCACCUUCACCGUAGUGCCCAAAAGGAAGCCCCCCGCAGCCAGCCCGGAGCCCUUCAGCAGAGCCUGGGUCCAGGAGGAGGAGGAGGAGGAGGACCAAAGCCAAAGGGAAGGCCAGAUGGGAGCCCUCCAGCAGGAAUCCGGUCGCCUCAAAAAACGCUAUCCCACCGUCAAUGAGAUCGAAGUGAUUGGCGGCUACCUUUCUCUUCAUAAGUCCUGCAUGAGCAAAUCGGGUAUUCGGCGCAAAAAGAUGAAAAUAUCCUUCAAUGAGACCAGUUUGCAAACCAUGUUUGAAUAUCCAUCUGAGAGCUCCUUAGUGGAGGAAGAGGAGGAGGAGGAGGAGGAAGAGGAAUAUGCCACAGAAGUAGAUGAGAAGCCUGCCUUUCGCAUUCCUCAUCCGAGCAGUACUGUCAACUCGCACCCAAUCAACUCAGGUUUGUCAGGUUACACUCCAAAGCACUCCCUACGCUUCAACAAGUGGCAGGAGCAACUGUACCAGAAGCUGCCUUCAACCAUCGGAGCCCUUCCACAGGAGACUGACCAACCGGAGCAACAGGUCAUGCUCACCCCUGCCGAAAAAAGCCACCUGUCUGACUUCAGUAGCGAACCUGCCCUCUACUUCUGAGUCCUGAGCGCCGCUGAAUAUAUUCUUCGCACCUUUGCCCUGCCAGAUACCUGGAGAGACAAAGGUGGCACACAAAGCCAAACUUCUCUUCCCUCCUCAGGUACUGAGGCGCCCCGGAGGGCCUCACGUUCAAAUGCACCUCGUUUUUGGCAGUUUGGGGGGUGGGUGUGUUACCUGCAGCCUUCCUGUUCUGAGAAAAACAAAUCGCCUGAGGUGGCCAGAUGCUGAAUGGGCCGCCAAAUGCUCAGACCGC